AUCAACACUCACUUCCUACUUCCCAAUAUUCUGACGAUGGCAUCUGAUACACGGCCGAGGAUACUCCUGUUCGGCGCUGGAAGUGUUGGCACCAUCUACCUGUGGCUGUUGUCCAAAGUCUCCUCCACCACCGCCGUCUGCCGUUCCAACUACGAUGUCGUAAAAAGAGAUGGCUUCACCAUCAACUCGUCCAUCUUUGGUAAAGGCAUCCAUUUCAAGCCAAACAUUGUGCGUGACUGCGAAGAAGCAGCCUCAGAAUCUUCGCAACCAUACGAUUACAUCGUCGUUUGUAGCAAAGCCAUCCCGGACACAUUUCCCAAACUCAUCGCCCCUGCCGUCACAUCGAAACACACAGCCAUCGUUCUCAUACAGAAUGGCGUCGGCAUUGAAGAAGAGUAUUCCGUCGCGUUUCCUGACAACCCCAUUAUAAGUGGCGUGGUGUACCUCCCCGUCGCGCAACGACCCGCAGGCGUAAUCAACCACGGUGAAACGGAGAAACUCCAGCUAGGAAGCUAUCCCUCCACCGCGCCAGGCGACCAAGCAUCAGCACUUGUAAAACUCAUCCAAACCGCCGGCGGCACAGCAGAGUUCUACACAGACAUCCAACCCAAACGCUGGACCAAGCUCCUCGUCAACGCAUCCUGGAACCCCAUCUGCGCGCUGACCCUCAGUAAAGAUACUGAAAUACUCGAGUCAUCCCCAGAAGCUACAUCUGUGGUUUUGGCCGUUAUGCUGGAGAUUCAGGCUGUGGCUGCUGCGUACGGCUACACAGUCCCAAGGGAAGAGGUGGAUUUCCAGCUUGGGAGGGCGCACGCGAGGAUCCCGAUCGGUGCUGGUAUCAAGCCGAGUAUGCUGCAGGAUAUCGAGAUGAGUAGGAGGAUAGAGAUUGAGGCGAUCGUUGGGAAUGCGGUGAGGAUGGGGAAGGAGAAGGGUGUCAAGUGUACGGGCUUGGAGAUGCUGUAUGUGCUUGGUAAGGCGUUGGAUUUGCAGGUUGGGAGGAGGUGAAGCGUAUAAUAGUGGAUGUCUAUGGCGAGUUUUCUGUCUGACUAUGGGUUUACUGUUGUCGAUUACGAUAUCAUCACACUGCGUCCGCUUGUCUAGAUCUGGAAUUAUCUUUGACUUUAUCAAAA